AUGUGUCCAGGAGGAACCACCAUGAAGAUGCGAUCCGCUCGUUUAGACCGGGUGCAAGAAAAGAUGAACGAGUCUACUGGCUCCAUUGAUUGGCUUUGGAAAUACGAUGAUGAGACCGACUUGCCAGCCCUGAAAGCGGUUUCUAUGACCUCUCUCAGUCUGUCAGAGAGAACGCCCGUUGUCAUUCAAGAGGAGGAAGAACCCUACAGAGUUCGAUUUUCAGCAGACAUUGAUUGUCAGCCCUGUAUUCACCUUGUGGAUUACACAGAAGAAGAAGCAUUGAAAUGCUUUUACACCAAGGCUGAACGUAAUGUAAUGACUUCUUCGCGUGAGGAUAUCAUUGAAAAGAUCGAUAAAGGAAUCAAUGAUGAAGAUGAAUGUGAAAUUCUUCGAGGAUUGGAGUACUAUUGCGAGGAAACAAGUAAAGUAAUCGAUGAACGAGUGGAUGCUGUGAUUGAUCUGGUCAUGGACGAACAAGACGAUCAGAUUGAUGAAAACAUCUUCGAUGAAUAUACACUUUCCGUUGCGGCCCAAUACGUCACAAUGGACAGUGCUGAAGCGGCAAGACGGAUGGGAGCAGAAGAUGCCAAGCAAGCCCAAGAAGCUUACAUUGAAAUGGUCCACAAUGGAUCCAUUGGAAACUACAUCAUGCCCUCCACUUUGAGUACAUACGAGCCAACCCAAGACAAGAAAAAGGCCAAGCGCAGAAGGUCAUCGAAGCGUAACAGCAAUGUUUCUGAUAGCCCUACUUCUGAAAAGAAGGGCAAGAAGAAAAAGAAGGAAAAGAAGAUGAAGCAGGACAAGAAGGAAAGACGCUCUUCUUCUGUGAUCUACAGGAAUGAUCGACCGACUGCUGAUGAAGGUUCUGUCAAAUCAGAGAAAUCAAGUAAAUCGUCUUCCUCUAAAAAGAGCAAGAAGAACAAGGGCAAGAAACAACCCAAAAAGGAAAAGCAUGAUUCCACAAAGACAAGUGCUGAUACUGUCGCUACUGCACCUGAGACUAUCGGUUCUUCCAGCGAGCUAAACCAGAACAGCUUGAGCUCAGACGAAGAUGAUCGCUUUUUGGUAGCUACCAGCCAGAUGCAAACCAAGAAUGCAACACUAGUAGCACCAAGCAGAAGGUGCUCUCUAAUACUACCCCCAAUUCCAGAUCACGAAAGUGAGGAUGAUGACGAGCCGAUGAUGCAAAGAAGAAGCAGUUGGUGGGAUCUAUGA